UCUUCACUUCAAACUCAGUCAGCACGCGCGCAUGGUGACGCGCGGAAGGUGUCGACAACAGCGGUCCUAACAAAAUGGCGGUAAUAAUUGAGCCAAAUCUAGACCUACUGUAUGCUGCCAUGAACGGAUCACUUCGAGGCGUUAAAGCGGCUUUGAAAGCUGGUGCAGACAUUGACUUCGAUAUAAAGAACUCCGAGACCUUCAGCCCUGGGACAGCAUUGUACAUUGCUUCCUACAAGGGGCAUGUUGACAUCGUGAAGCUGCUGCUCCGCAAGGGGGCGUCUGUGUCGAAGAGAACCAGAAGUUCAUUUGGUCCUCUCCAUGGAGCAGCGACCGAAGGAAAGACAGAAGUGGUGGACUUGCUGGUGCAGCAUGGUGCAACAUUAGACAUACGGGACGGCUUCCAGAACACUCCGCUCAUGAGAGCCUGUAACUACAACCAUGUCGACACAGUUCGGCGGCUGAUUGAGCUGGGAGCAAGGCCUGAUUUAACUGGUGGUCAGUUACAGGGCAUGAGGUACUACAAGCCGGGGACAGAAAUCGGAAAAGGUGAAAAUGAGGAGAGUUUGAAGCUGGUAGAAGAGGCGAGGAAGUCCAAGUUGUUGAGAUGCUGCAACCCUACGUGUGGCAAACCAGGAUACAGGUCAACUGGAACCCUGAAGCUGUGUGGCCGGUGCAAGCUGACCCGCUACUGCAGCCGUGACUGUCAGAAACAACACUGGUCUGUCGGACACAAGAAGUGCUGUGGGCAUGACGCGUACAAUCACGAUGAAGCUGAUCCCCUCCAACAACGGAUGGCUGAUAAAAGCCAUAUGAAGCAUAGUUGAUUACAUGGUGCCAUUUAAUACAGACAUGUACUCUGACGAAGGACCAAACCAUAUGGCUGUCUUUCACUGAGGAUAUGAUUCUGGCGUUCUUGUAGAAAUGACGCCCUAAAUGAAGCUCAUACAGUUGCACGUUUCAAAUGACCUUGUUUGAUUUCUCUUGUAGAAGAAAGUAAAAACGGUUGAACGAGUCUAUGAUUGGUUAGUUGGAUUUUACAAUGGAAACUGAUCGAUGAAUACACACUGUAUUACACAUGCGCAUACUUGUAUGUACAUUUAUUGUAGUGACGGUCAUCCUCUUGUUUUCAGACAGACGUACGAAUCACUUGAAGUUUGAAAGUAAGGAAAUUAAACAGACACUGACAAAAGGCCUUUUGUAUUACUGGUAUCAUUUACUUGCUCGCCAUUCAAAAAAAAGAAACACUCGUCAAGAAAUGUCUUAGUAUUUACAUGUAGAAUAUUUUUGAAAAAAAUACAGCAAGGAAUGUUUACUGAUGUUUGCCUAUCAACUGUUGUUAUUUGUCAGUUUAGUGUUUAUACAUCACCAUUGUAUAGCAGUGCUCUCUUGAGUCAUAUCAAAAUUGACUAUUGUAGUGACGUACAUUUUGUUGCCCAUUAAAAAAAACAAUAAUUUUUGCCCAUCUCUGACAUUUUCUCGACACUGUCAUAUUUACAACCAGACAAAUAAUGUAAUUUCGUACACUU